CGUACACUCAGCGACUUAUACCGCUGCAAGACCUCACUGCCACACGAUCCGCAGAAUCCGUAGACCUGAAUCAUACCGGAGAAUCAACAGAGGGGAUCUGCGGAGAAGUGUGAUUGGGUCUGGAACCAGGACGUUCAGGACUGGCCAGAAAUACUUGCAGCAACGCAAGAAAGUAGACCCUCGAUCGCUAUCAAUUUUGGGACGACCUCGAUCAAUGAAAAUGAUUCAGUUUAUCCAGAGUAGCGACUUCUCCUCGUUCUUCUGCACGGUGCGCUUGCCAUGACACUGAAAGGACUGCAAAAUCCCUCUCGGGCUCCACCAACGCCGUCUCAAAACAGGAGUUCUCGGCUCUGGAAUGCAUACACGCUGCUGCAGAUCGGCUCCAUAUCAGUGCUUCUUGCCUCCUUCCUGCAUCUUACAUCCCAGCUCCCACUAUUGCGCAACACGCCCUCUUCACCCAUCGACUUUUGCCCGCAGGCCAACUCGAGCGUUCUCAUCCGCAAUGCCGACAUCUGGGAGGGGAGCUUGGCACGCACGGGCUCGGACGGAUUUCGGCAGGGGGCCGCUGGGCGGCUCGCAGGCGCCGUCCGCAUUCCAACUGAAUCGUACGACGACCUCCUGCCCGUUGGAGUUGACCCGCGCUGGGACGUCUUCGCGCUGCUGCAUGGGUAUCUCGAGGAGACGUUCCCCCUGGUGUACAGCCGCCUGGACGUCCGCCGCGCCAACACGUACGGGCUCAUUAUCGAGUGGACUGGGUCGGAUGCCACGCUCAAACCCGUGCUUUUUACUGCACACCAAGACGUCGUCCCAGUCGAGCCACUGACGGUCGCAGAAUGGACUCAUCCGCCGUAUUCUGGACACUUUGAUGGCCAACGCAUCUGGGGUCGCGGGACCGCCGACGAUAAGAACGGGCUGAUUGCGAUCCUGCAAGUCAACGGCCCUGGAGACUCUGCUAGAGCUCGGUUUCGCACCGACACGGACGAUCGUGGCAGCUUUCGGAUUCGACGAAGAAGCGACGGGCGCGGAGGUUUCUGUCUUUACUGGUGGUCUGGUUUCCUGUCUGACCUGCGUCAGGGUGCGGCACAUCUGGCGAAUGCGAUGCUGGACACUUACGGCGAAGACGCAUUUGCGUUCAUCGUCGACGAGGGCUCUGGAUUGUUGAAACUCUUCGGGACCGUUUUCGCCAUGCCUGAAGUGGCUGAGAAGGGCUAUAUGGACGUCACCGUGAACGUCACGACUGCUGGAGGACAUUCGAGCAUUCCGCCGGACCAUACCAGCAUAGGUAUCCUGGCUACGGUUGUCGUCGAAUAUGAAAACCACCCGCACAAUCCGUAUCUAACUAGGCACUCGCCGUCGUUCCAGACGUUCCAAUGCCUGGCGCAGUACGCUGCGGAUAUGCCGCCCCCGGUGAAAGCCAUUAUCUCCAAAGCCGCGACUUCGGAGUCGGGACUCCACGUCCUCGAGGAACUGCUGUACAAGAACCCGCUGUAUCGGAUCCAAAUCAUGACGACGCAGGCGGUGGAUGUUAUCAAAGGCGGCGUGAAAGCGAAUGCACUGCCGGAGCAGGCGAGUGUGCUGGUGAAUCAUCGGAUAUCCAUCGAGAGUUCUAUCGCGCAGCUCCGCGAACACAACACCGCGCUCAUGCAGCCGCUCGCCACUCGGUUCAAUCUCAGCUUCCGGGCCUUUGGGGAGCAGAUUUCGGAUCCGCGCGUGCCGACUGCGGGGCUGCUGUCGGUGGGAGAUGACAGCUACCCGCCGCUCGAGCCUUCGCCUGUGACACCGACGAUCGACUCGGUCGCGUACGAAGUCUUGUCGGCCAGUAUCAAGGCGACAUAUGCUCGUCGUAGGGUCAAGCAGAACGGAGACUCUCUGGUGGUCGCGCCGUCGCUGAUGGUGGGCAACACAGACACGAGUUUCUACUGGACCCUCUCACCUAACAUCUUCCGCUACGGCCAUGGCAAUUCGGCUGGACUGGCGCAGGAGCAGAUGCGCGAAAAUCUGCACACGGUCGAUGAAUCUCUCAAUGCGGAUGAUUUUGUGGAGAUGAUCCGCUUCUUUGUGACGCUGAUGUUGAGCGCGGACGAAAGUUUGGCGCUGUGAUGGAUGCAAAUCAAGCCAAGCUUAUCACAGGUUCUGACUGGAUACAUCCAAGGCACUUGGUAGCCGGAGAUUUCUCACCUGCCUGGCUCAAGUGCCACGAAUAGACUAGUAUGUUGGCGAUACGCACCCGGCACCAUGACAGCCAUAUCCAUGUCUGAACCUCAAAACACUUAUCAUGUCAGCGCGCGAUCGUCCGAGCCUCGUGGCAAACAGAACAAAAAGCGCAUAACCGCUGGAGAUAUUGCUUUGGGUCGGUCGGGGAUUUCGCUGAGCACAGAUCAAUCGAUCAAUCUGAUUCAGUACGACUCGAUUCCUUUCUCUGACGCUGGAAGCAAGAAGAUCCCCGUGGAGUUACAUCCAGUGCGUACUUGUAUCGAUGUGGGCGCGUGGCCGGUUGUUAUGUCACUAUCAGUGGAGCGCACACCAGCCAAACUCAAACUUUGUCUCGAUCAUCAAUAAGCGUAACAAUAAGCUAGAUCGGUGGCCAGCGAUCAACCACAACCCAUGGCCCAAGGACUCCUUCAACCUCGCAUCCAGGUAUGCUUUGCUCGUCCUCGACCACAGUUUCUCGUCGGGUAUGGAGCCUGGGGUAACUGGAUCUCUCACCGUCGGAACGUGGCCCAUUGAAGGGCACCUUGCGAGGCGCAGCACCGGGCACCGCGACCCGACUCAUCUCUGGUUCUUAUUGUUGCACGAAAUACGAUCGGUGAUCACAAGCCAACCUCUGACUCUUGUGUUCUGCGAUCCGCACAUCCUUGUCUCGCAACGUGCCUGGCUGGAGGUCGAGUAUAAAAGCCGCAUCGCGGCAGCUUGGAAACCUAACAUUGAUUCACCACUCCCGCUCAGCCAUCCGACUAAACUCACCAACCCAACCUGACCAUCUCUCUCUGUGUGUCUCAAUGGACUCUUUCACUGCCACCAUCAUCCCCACCAAGAUCGAGGAGACCAUCCUGCCCCCUGUCAGCGAGGACAGCGGCUCUGGCUCCAACGGCGGCUGCGUUGUCUGCAGGGAGGAUACCGAGCUUCCCCCUGUAAACGAAGACAGCAGCUCUGGCACCAACGGCGGUUGCGUCAUUGCCUGAAUGUUUGAUACCACUUUCCACGUCGAUAGCCCUCUGAAUCAGUUGUGGGGCGCAUUCGGACUCCCACUUUAUUCUGCGCUCGAUUCGUUCGCGCUUCCAUAUUCCCUUGCACUUCGGUUCCGAUUACCCAUGCCAUUGUAUCAGGUCAUUCUAGAUGUCUCACACUACUCCAAGUAUAUUGCAACCAUCACCAUCAUCGUCUCUGUCCUAUGUACUUCUACUCCCCACCAGUAGCUAAAUGCCACAUUCGUUUACACUGGAAUGCAUUUUCGUGUUGUUACUCGGGA